AUGGAGACGGGUUACGUUCCUCUGAAUUAUAUUUCCGAAUCAAAAGAUCAUGAAAUGCCAGUCUAUUAUGAGAUAUCCUUUUUAAUAGCUACUCAACAUCGAAAUAAUUCUCAAUCACCUGAAAUUGACUCGAUACUAGAUUAUUGCACCGGAAUGUUUAUAAUUGUGUCUUUAUUUUCAUUAAUAGCUAUUAUUGCGUUGAUUAAUAACUAUCAAUUCGGUGCGGCUUUUAGGGAUGUUUAUCUAUUAUUGUUAGAUAUGGAUGUACUCUUACCUCUUAACAGACUUUUGUCAUGCGGUGUCUUUCCCAUAGCAUUUUUAUUUGCUUUUGUAUUUUCUCCAGUACUUCAAGGACAGUUUUUUGCCCUAUUAGCAAAACCUACUUAUAGCAACAUAGAAACCCUACAGGAUUUAUACGAUAAUAAAUAUCACGUUCAUUAUUCUGGUAAUAUUCAUAAAAAUAUUAUAGACGCAGGAUUGUGGACCACAGAAGAAGAUAUGAAAUACUUACAUCAGGAUAGACCCGGAACUUUAUUUAACUGUUUGGAAUUAGCUCGUAAAGAAAGUUCGACCGCGUGUAUCAGUGUAGCAGAAUAUAUAAUAAUGCAUGCUUCUGAAAAUUUCGGAUUACACGUAUCAAAAGAGAUAUUAUUUCCUAGUUACUAUGUUAACUUUGGUCGGCGUGAUAGGGCGCUAAGGGAUCGGGUAGGAAAAAACUUGUUACAAUCAUUUGAAGCUGGAGUCGGUGCUUUUACUAACGGAAAAUUAGUUAGAAAUAAUCUCAAGAAGAUGCAAGCUAUUGAAAGAGCUGCGGAAUUUGAAAAAUAUGAUUUGGUAGACGGCACUGAUUUGAUACCUUUGUACAUGUUUAUAGCCCUAAUAUUUAUCUUUGCCGUUGUUCUUUUCUUUCUUGAAAAUAUCGCUAGUAGAUUGAGGGUCUCCAGAUUAUUGAUGCCAAAAAAUUUUGAAUUAGAAGACAGAGUUCAGUUUAUAGACGAGAAUAGAAUUAUUAUCGAUGAGCAAUUCACUGCGGAUAGCCUAAAGGGAGAGUCUCUGGAAGAUGAAUGGCAAGCACCGACAAAAACAGCAAAAGCACGCACCAGCGAUAGCAAUAUGAUAACGGAAACAAACAACCGCUAUGAUACACUAAAUCUGCUAGAUCCAAAAAAUAAUAUAAAAUUAACAAAUACAGCGAGUCAUCAUACAGAUACAAUUUCCGGAAGCUCUCAAAAUGCAGAGCAGCCUGGCUUUGACGCCGACAGAGGGCAGCAAGACAAUGGUAAGCCACUCAAACCACCUCCGAUUUUCAUAAUAGGUGAAGACAUAAAAGUAACUAGCGCCAAAAUAACCAGCGCGGGAAUUAAAAAGGACGCAGUCACUAUUAAACAAAACAGAGGGAGCCACACAAUACUAGCAGCAAAUCGGAGCACGUACGACGUAAUCAAACUUAAAUUAUUAGAAUUAAAAGUCCAAUUCUACACGUAUACACCCAAAGAUCUUAAACCACAAACUGUGGUUUUAAAAGACAUUUAUGGCAACUAUACUGCGGAUGAUAUCAAAGCAGAUAUACUCGAAGCGAAUAAAGAUAUAAUUAUAACAAAAAUUAUCCCAAUUGUAUGUAAAAAUAGUAAGUAUAAAAAACAGCAUUUUAUUAUACAAAUACCAGCCGGCAGUAAAAAAAAAGAUCUUACCAGCUUGAAAAAAAUAGGAUCUCAAGUAGCACACUGGGAGAACUUAAUCAAAAAUAGCGUAACACAGUGCAAAAAUUGUCAAAGAGUUGGGCACACAAGCUCACAAUGCAACAUGGAGUACCGCUGCGUUAAAUGCGGACAAAGUCAUGAAAGAGGCAAAUGCACCAUUCCCAUUGAAGACAAUAACAAAGAAAACCUAACUUGCAUCAACUGUGGAGAGAAAUAA